AUUAUAGUGGGUAGCUCGGGGUCAUUUGGGAGCAGCUUUUGCACGAAAGCACCCGAAGAGCGCUUACCCUUCUGCACCAGCUUAUCCAGCCGUCGGCUAAGUGUUGGCGGGCGACCCGGGACAAGGAGUCAUUAGAGAUCGCUCCGCUCCGGAGGCAUGAAAAAACAGGGAGAGCGGGCGGGCGCGCUCGCCUCCAGGUGCUGAGAACAGGCGGGCGAGCAGAGCCCUUUUACUCCCGCUGCUUCUUCUUUUUCCUCCCCCCCUCCUCCUCCUCUUCCUCUUUCCUUCUGGAGCGGAGGAAGGCUCCCGGCAGCGAGCGCGCUGUGAUGGGCCGCGCGGGGCGAAAAGCAGGCAGAGCGCGCGGCGUUUCCUCCCGGAGAGGAGCCGCUGCGCCGCGGGAGAGAUCGAAGCCGGUACCCGGGAAAGCAGAGGUAACCGGGGGCUGGCUGAGCUCGCGUCUUUGGAUCGGCUGCUCGGCAGGGGCUACCCCUCUUCUUCGCUCUUCGUUCGCUGCUCCCGGGACGGUAACUUCGCCAAGCCGCGCCAAGCCACACGCGAGACUUGUAAAGGAGCGGGGCGCCAAAAGGGCGCGAAGCGGACGGUCAAAGGUAGAGUGCGCCUUCCUACCGGCGGUCGAUUCUCCAGUUACGGGGCGCCACAGACAAGAUGCAGCCGGCCAACCGCUAAGUGGUCAGCCGUAGCCUGAAUGGGGGCGCUGGGACUUUGCUUCCUGCAGUGAAAUGAACUGGCUAAUAUUGGUGACAUUUUGAUGAUCCAUGGAGAAGCAAGAGGGACUGGUUCUCUAACAAGUUGCCAGUCAUUGGCAGAGGGUAAUGGAAUCAGAAAAAAACAAAGUUGGACAUGUGCUGGAAAGGAGGACUGAUGUAUUAUCAGACCAUCCUUAGCAAUCCCAAAAAACGAACAUCUGAAAUGAUCACAUCAUCAUAUGAAGUGCCUAAAGACUAUACUUCUUCUGUGGAUGCUGAGGUCCCAGUUUUUCAUGCCUGUUGCCUGUGAUGGAUGUGAGCUCAACUGAAGGAUUUGGCGUGGCAGAGAAGAUUACACUGCUCACUUUUAUUUCAGCAGUUAUUCUUAUGGCUAUCCUGGGGAAUCUGCUGGUGAUGGUUGCUGUAUGCAGGGAUAGGCAACUGAGGAGAAUCAAGACCAAUUAUUUCAUAGUCUCUCUCGCCUUUGCUGACUUGCUAGUAUCUGUUUUGGUGAUGCCAUUUGGCGCGAUUGAGCUGGUUCAGGAUAACUGGAUUUAUGGAAGGAUGUUCUGUUUGGUUCGCACUUCUCUUGAUGUCCUCCUCACUACUGCAUCAAUUCUUCAUCUGUGCUGUAUUUCAUUAGACAGGUACUAUGCCAUCUGCUGCCAGCCAUUGGUUUACAGGAAUAAGAUGACUCCACUACGCAUUGCUUUAUUGCUGAGUGGCUGCUGGGUAAUCCCAAUGUUUAUUUCUUUUCUUCCUAUAAUGCAAGGCUGGAAUAGUAUUGGCAUCAUGGACUUGGUGGAAAAAAGGCAAUUCAACAAUGCAUCCAACUCAACUUACUGCAUAUUCAUGGUCAACAAGCCGUAUGCCAUCACCUGCUCAGUCGUAGCCUUCUACAUUCCAUUUCUGCUAAUGGUUCUAGCCUACUACCGAAUAUACAUUACAGCCAGGGAGCAUGCUCACCAGAUACGAAUCUUACAGCGUGCAGGGGCACCAACUGAUGGGCGACCCCAACAUCCAGACCAGCAUAGCACACAUCGUAUGAAGACUGAGACUAAAGCUGCAAAGACCCUCUGUAUCAUCAUGGGUUGUUUCUGCUUGUGCUGGGCGCCUUUCUUUAUCACAAACAUAAUAGACCCUUUCAUACAUUAUGCAGUUCCUGAUCAGAUAUGGACUGCUUUCUUGUGGCUGGGAUACAUCAAUUCAGGACUGAAUCCCUUCCUUUAUGCAUUCUUGAACAAGUCUUUCAGACGUGCCUUCCUCAUCAUCUUGUGUUGUGGUGAUGAACGAUAUCGAAGACCUUCCAUCUUGGAACAAACGGUACCUUGUUCUACCACUACCAUCAAUGGAUCAACUCAUGUACUGAGUGGCUGUUCCACUAUCUCCAAGUUCCUUCUGCUGUUCUGCAAUAGACCAGUUCCUGUCUAACCCUGAAUAUAUUCUGUACACAGUCUUGCACAACGGUCAUCACCUGGAACCUGACAAGCUUCCAAUCCAUAAUGAUCUGGAAUCCCAAGAGUCCUGCUUCUAACAAGUGGUCUGUGCUGAAAGACACAAGAGGUUCAUGCAUCAGGAACUUAAAUGCCAGAUAUUGAUAUUGUCUGCAUUGCCAUAAAUGCUGUCAUGUAUUGGCUUGACAUUGGCCCCAACAGCUCAAUUGUGCUUCACAAUAACAUAGAGUGAGAUGGAGUGGUACAAAGUUACUGUUGCUUCUGGUUGAUGCUUGGAAGUCAUAAAGCUUUGCAUGUGAUGAACAAAUGAUAAGCAACCUGCUUGAUUGUCUUUGUGUUUGUUCUAAGUGAUGUGCCAUACACACAUCUUUUUCUUAUGUACUAGCAAUAUACGUCUUUUCCCAGACAUUGAAGUUUGACCUGAAAUUGCUAAAAUGCAAUUAUAUUUCUGCUUUACCAAAAACUGAGAGGUUGUUUCUCAAUUAUUUUUAAUAAUGAGCUUUGCCGGUGAUGCAACCACAAAAAGGAAGCAUUGCUGUGUAUUGUUUUUUCUAGGCUAUCUGUAGAUGCCAAAGAACAUAAAUAUUCUUGAAGGUGAAAUUAAUGCGAUACAAUGUCCUGCAACCCCCAGCAAAAUGAUCUACUGUAAGAAAAGUAGUCAGUUGAGAAGAGUCAUUUUCCCAUCAGUCAGAGCCCAUUAGCUUUAAUCUUCUGACAUUCUCAUUAGAAUUUUCAUCCCCUGAUUUUACUGAUUUGAAGGAAAAGUUGCUUGGGGUCUUGAACAAUUGAGGAAACAUUUAGCUCACCUGUAACAGCCAAAUAAUUGGCAUUUUGUGGCAUGCUUACUUUGGCACAUUCAAAUCACCUCUGUAGUUAGAUAAUGUAUUAGAAAAAUGAUGUUUUCCUUAGGUCAUUUAUUUUUCAUCCCAAUUUGUCACAAAUUGGGACAUUCAUUCUGGGAUGGUGAACAAUAAACAUAAAAGCAACUCAAGUGUCUGAGUUGGUCAGGAUUUACUAUGAUAAGUAUCCCAAAGAAUCAGGGUCAUAAGAUAAAUCCAUUUCCAGGAACAAAUGACAUAAGCUUCAGCAACUUGCUGAAAUACUAAUGGCAGUAGGAACAGUGACUAAUGAAGGGAAGGAUAGCAAGGAAAAGUUUAGUCUGCAGGUUCUCAGUAAGAGAUUAAUUGACUGAACUCCACAACAUUCUACAUAGUGAUGUGACUUGUGGACCUGUGAUUUAGGGUGUCAAACCCAGCCAUUAAGGUUGGUAAACUGUGUUUCCUGUGUCAGUAUGUUAUGUGAGCUCUGAAAUUGGAAAAGGUUGAAGAUAAGCAGCAGGGACUUUAUAGAGCUAAGUAGAAGCACACUGGCAUCUUGAGACACUUGAUGUGGUCCCACAGCAUCUGCCUGGAACAGUAAAACUGCAGAGUUGCCCCUCGGGAUUAACAGCUCAACCUACAGCUCCUUUGCUUGACAUGCAGGAGGACAUUAGAUACAGAGACAUUGAGACCUGGUUGCUGGGAAUCUAAGCUUUCAGAUGCCUCGUCCCUUUACUUGUUGUUUUACUCUUCUUGCACUUUGCAGAACUAUUUCUCAACAUGACUGUCUGUUUCAAAGGAUGAAAGAAGAAUGUCACUUGUCAACAGUUCUUUCUGCUACGUCCUGCAUGCCAAUGUUACUCUCUAUAUUAAAAUUUCCCUUUUUUCAUGUUAUAUUGACAGGCAUGUUUGAAGACCCAAGGGAUGCUGGAAGGUUGAUUUUUAUGUUCUUGGAAAGAAAUAGAUCAAGUAUAAAUUUGUAGUAGGGCUGUGCAACCUUUCAGAACUGAUUCCCAAAAGGUGCUGUACUUGCACAGUUGCAAACACUGAAGCACCUUUUGGAAAUUGGGUCUGCAUCAUUGCAUUGUUCUUAUUUGUCCUGUCCUUGACUGAUAAUUUAACCCAAAGAUGAGAACUGUUCAAUAAAAUGGAUAGGUACUUUGUUACAUUGUGUAAUUAUGUACAGACAUUUUUUUAAUAUACAGGAGAUAAUUCUGCAUUAUUUAUUAUUAUUUUUUAAAUGAAUAACUAUUUGCCCAUUAAAGGCUUCUAAGUGUACAAGCUAACACUUUGUUAGUUUUUAUUUGUGCUUGCUAUUUUAUUAUUCUGCGGUUAUGUCACAAUUACUCAGAGUAAAAAAGAAGAAGAUACCUUUUUAAAGGAACAGAGCAAAAGCAAUUCAAAAACAGUGUU